AUGGAUAACGAACCUCAAACACCUAUACCACCGAAAGAUAAUACUACUUUAGAUGAUAUUGCAUCUGAUGAAAAACCACAAAAUUAUACUGAUACUGAUUUUAAGGGUCCUGUUAUUGAUUAUUAUAAACAUAAAAAUAUAUUAAUGACAGGCGUUACUGGUUUUAUUGGAAAAGCUAUUUUAUGGAAAUUGAUUCAGGCACUACAACAAGAUAUAGGCACCAUUUAUAUCUUAAUUCGAAGUGGUAGUAUUAAACGUAGCAAAAUUGGUAGACCAUCUGAAAGACUUCUUAAUGAAAUAUUUAAUAACAAGGCAUUUCUAAUCUUGAGACGUAUGAUGGGGAAAGAGAUAUUUGAUACUAUUGUUAAAAAUAAGAUUAUCCCUGUUGCUGGUGAUCUUAUUUCUCCAGAUUUGUCUAUGUCUGAGCCAGACAGGGAGAAAAUUACUGAAAAUGUAAAUGUGGUGAUACACUGCGCAGCCACAUUAAAUUAUAAUGAAAGAUUGGACUUGGCUUUGGAGACAAACACACUAGGUACACUUAGAAUGAUGGAUUUAGCCGAUGAAUGUAAACAUAUGGAGGCCUUUGUUCAUAUGUCUUUAGCUUACACAGAUCCAAAUCUUCCUGAUGGCCAUAUACAAGAAAGAGUUUAUCCUAUGCAAGUAGGUGACCCAGAAGAACUUUUAAGAGAAAUUGUAGACCUUGAACUUCAAGAUAUUCCUAAAAUGACACAGCGUAUCCUUGCUCAUUAUCCAAAUACUUAUACAUUUACAAAAUCUCUUACUGAGCAUUUAAUUUUAAAACGUGUUGAUUUGAAUCGAAUUGAAGAAGCUCAAGGUGGUAAGAAACAAUGGCCUAUUGCUAUCAUUAGAACAACACAAGUGGGCGCAGGUGCAUUUGAACCUUUACCUGGCUGGGUAGAUGGUGUUACCGGAGCAAAUGGUCUAAUAUUUUUAAUGGGAAAAGGAGCACAGGUAUUGCAACCUGAAAUGGCCAGUAUGUUGGCAAAUAUAGUGCCUGUCGAUUAUUUGGUUAGAGUAGUGCUGGGUAGUGCUGCAUUUAUGACACAACCCGGUUAUCGUUUCCUAUUACCUUAUAAUGAAGUCCUCGAGCAAGAUACGGAUGGUGUCAAUAUCCCUCAUGUGCAUUACUUUCCUUACAUAUAUCAAGUCACUGCAUGUGGGUUUGAUGAAACAAGUUGGCUACAAAUCUACAAUGCUAUUCGCUCUUAUUGGCUUCGUAAUAUAAAACUUGGACUCCCUACAGCUGAAGAGUACUUUGCCAUUAAUAGGUCCAUUUUCAAGGCUAAAUUCUUUAUGAAAUAUGGUUUACCACAGUCUUUAUCAUCAGCUAUUACUGGUAAAUCAGGUAAUGAUGCUAAUUCAUUAAAUCGUGUCUUGGAAUUGGCUUCUCGUGUUGUUGUUGCCGUUCAGCCAUUUUUACGACAUCGUUGGGUCUUUGAUCAUCCUAAUGUUAAACAAAUUGAACAAGAUAUGUCAAACGAUAAACAAUUUAAUCUAGCUCGUUUUAAACAUAUGGAUUGGUAUACCUAUAUUGUGAACUUUUCUUUUGGUAUCCACAGUUACAUUACACCUUCACCCCCUCUAGGAUUAAGAAACAUCACUGUCCCACAAGGUUGGGCUUGUUCACUUUAUUUGCAUCCUGGAGCAGGUCAACACUCAAUUAUUGACCAACAAAUUGAAUCUGUUGUUUUUAGUGCUUCUGAUAUUCAAAAGAGAACAGAGCGCAUGCUGACUGAAUUAGUAGCAUCACUUGAAAAGCCAGGACAGGAACUUAAAGAUAAAAAAAAGAUGGAAGAAUGGAUUAAUGACUUUGAUGCUAGUUUAGAUGACUGGUGUCAUGAUGAUUCAAAUCUUUUAAAGAACAAAGAAAAUAUGACUCAUUUAGGGCACUGGCUUAAUCCUUCUGAGUCUUAUGAGGAGCAUAUUCGAAUUGAAGUACUAAAUGAUAAUAGAGUAGGCCAGAAUAUACGCCAGAUUAUUGAAACCUCAGGUGUGCCUCAAAAUACUGUUGUUGGAGAAGCAUUAAAGAUUCUUCAACGUAUGAAGGAACGAACUCAACUCCCCUAUAUUUGGUCUGCAGGUGCCUUUCUUAAUACAUUAUUUAAACGUCUUUUUACCAGUGUUCGUAUCAAUGAAUUAGAUAUUGCUCAGCUUAAAGAACAAAUCAUGGACAAAAAUGUAGUUUAUGUUCCUGUUUCAAAAACUAUUCUUGACCAAUUGAUAAUUUGGUACAUUUGUUUGCGAUACAAUUUACCUGUACCUGCUAUAGCAUGUGAUGAAGCCUUGGCGUUAUUGGGGCCUAUAUCAGAUAUUCUUCGUAUAACGGGUGCUUACUUUGUUCGACGUGAUCUCGCAACACGAUCACCAUUAAAUACAGCUGUAACUGCUGCUUAUACAGAGGUCCUUUUGAGAGAGCAUGGCGCAUUAUCAUUAGUCGUUGAACGUGCUCGUUCACGUACAGGCAGAUUACAGACUGCCUACCAUGAUGGUUUAAUGAACAUGAUUAUUGAUGGUACUUUGAGUCAUAAUCAGCAAUUUUCUACAAAUGAGCCUCUUUCACCUACACCAACAGAUUCAUUUUCUUCCAUAUCAUCUAAUCAGAAAGAAACAGUGCUGGUGCCUAUCAACAUUACUUAUGAAAAAAUUCCAGAAUUGCGCACUUUGAUUGACCAAGUCUUAGAUCAAAAGCCUCGAAGCAUCACUGUAUCCACCUCUUUUCUUCGUCCUAGCGCCACAUAUGCCGAUCGAGCUGCUACAAAAGACAAUGGAACAUUUGAAAAGGGUAAAUAUGGACGUGUUUUUGUUGGAUUUGGGCAAGUGAUUGAUGUGCGACAAACUGUACAAGAAGCUAAAUUACCUGCAAAUAAGAUAAAGAGAUUAAGUACAAUUGCUGUCAAUGAUAAUGAUGUAAUUGCCGACUAUAUAAUACGUAAGGUUCAACGUGGGCAACAUAAGGCAGCUGUUGUGAGUCCAGUUACAUUGGUAGCUGCUACUUUAUUAUUUGGACGUGUGUCAGGAGGCAUUACGAUGGGCAAGAUUAAUCAACAUGUAUCUUGGUUACGUCAAGAGAUAUUAGAGAAACAUAUCAAAAUUGAUUGGCAACCAGAUGAGGAUGUUUCAACAAUUGUAGCUUAUUCGAUGAACCUUUUAGACGCACGCAAUAAUGUUACAAUGGAUGGUGGUAAACGCAUUACAGACCAAACGCUGGUACGCGUUGUAGAGCAUGCUGACAAUGUCAUGAGUCUUUCUUAUAUGGCUAGUCAAUUAAUCGAAAUAUUCUUACCAGAGGCUCUCUUUUCUGUAGUUUACCUUUCAAAUAACACAGCUAAAUCAAUAAGCAAAUCAGAUCUUUUUGCACAAUUUACGUUUUUGGUUCAGUUAUUUAAGCAUGAGUUUAUUUACCCCUGGAGUAGGGUAGAGAAAUUCAAUGUACUUUUAGAUUGGUUUAUUAAAAAGGAUCUUCUCUUGAUGGAUGAAAACGGACUUUAUACCAAGGUAGUAACAAUUGAAAAUAACGAGACCGAGUAUACCCGUGUAUGUUUGUUAGCUUCAUUUAUAUAUCCAACGUUAGAUGCCUAUUGGAUCACGUCUUGUUCAUUAUCAGCAUUGCGUAAUCUACCUUAUAUGCCACGUAAGAUUGUUCCUGUGCUUUCCCAAUGGAUAGCUGCUCAUUUGAUUACCGGUAGACGCACCAUUUAUCGAGAGGUCUUAUCAACAGAGGCAAGUCAAAAUGCGGUUGAUAACUUCUUAGCUAUUGGUUUUAUUGAAGCAGUUCAUCCCAAGACCAAGCUUUCUCCUGAUGCACAAAUUUUAUUACUUGAACUAGGAGUUACAACGAACGAAGAUCUAGUGAUGGUUUUUAACCAAAAGAAUAUUGAAGAAGAAGACCUGCCCUCUGAUAUGCACGAAAGUGAAAAUAUUCUGUCACGACUUGAAGAUAUUGCAUCUCUUUGUCAUGAAAUUGAAAAAUACCGAUAUGUCAAUGAUAACAUGCGCCACAAUGCUCAAGUCUUUGAAAAAUGCCAGAAUCAAAUUAAAUCAAUUCUAAGAGCUGAUCAAAGUUAUGCUUUACAACAUGGAAUGAAACUUGAAAGAGAUGAAGAUCAAAUGAUUCAAUUAGUUUAUUCUCUUAAAGCUGCUUCAAGUACGCCUGUUUCUUCAGACGAUGGAUUUGGAAAGCAUCCAAGAAGAGUAUCUCAAGCCUAUAAUUUAAAGUCAUAA